ACACACACCUAGACAGAUAGAUAGAGAGAGCGUGUGUGUGAGUGUGUGUGUGUGCGACACAAUUCGGGCUGGCUUUAAAAAUACAAAAACGGAAAAGGAUACGCAGGACACUUGCAUACAAUAACAGCGUGUAACUGGAUACAUGUUUACUCAUAAGCGGCCGCUGCUGACAUCCACGCCCAACACUGUCGCACUGCACCAGACUACAAAUAACAACAACAACAACAACAACAACAUCGACGACGACAGAAGGAGGAACAGCAACAACAUCAAGAAGAAGAAUAAGCAGAAGAAGAAGCACAACGCAUCUUGCCUGAACCAAAGGCAGCUAAUGCUAGCAGACAGCACAAGAGGAGGAGGCACCAACAGCAGCAGCAGCAGCAGCAGCAGCAGCAGGUGCAGCAGGUGCACAGGAAGCGCAGGACAAGUGAUAACAAAAAAAAAAAAAUAGAAACUGACAACGAAUUGUAAACGAGGAAUCAACGAAAAGAAAGUAACAACAAACAUGAUGUCAUUGUUGUUAGGCAAAGCCGGAAAUGUGAUUAUAGUAUUAGUCAGCCUGCAGCUAAUCUGGCUGGCCAGCUGUCGCGAGCUGCCGCUGGAUUAUGGCAGCAGCAACUCCGCCUCGCUGGAGGACGGCGAAGACGUUGCCACCGAGCAGACAGCGCCGCAGCAGCGGCUCAAUCUCGACGCGACGGUGAACAGCAGCGAGGACAGUCGCACUUCCGCCUCGGCCACCGUGUCGGGCUCCUCGCUGCUGGAGGAGUUCAAUGCCGGCAAGCUGAAUACGGCCGAGGCCAGCAAUACACUGCCCAUAUUUCUCAGCGAGCCCGAGAGCGUCUUCGUGGUCAAGAAUCGGCCGGCGGUGCUCAAGUGCAAGGCGUCGCACGCCCUCCAGCUGCACUUCAAGUGCAGCGGCAGCUCCCAGCCGCCGCCCUCGACGCACGACAAGCACGUGGAUCCGCACACAGGUGUGCACAUGGAGGAGGUCACCGCCACCAUACAUCGCGAUCUCGUCGACGAGUACUUCGGCAAGGGGCCCUUCAAAUGCGAGUGCCAGGCGUGGUCGUCGCGCGGCGUGGUCAAAAGUCAGUCGGCCACGGUCCAUAUUGCAUACAUUCGCAAGUCCUUUGGUCAGUCGCCCACCUCGCUGCGCCUGGAGCUGGGCAGCCGAGCGGAACUGCAUUGCGAGCCGCCUGGCGGCUUCCCGGAGCCGAAGCUCAGUUGGCACAAGAAUAAUGCGCUGGUAACUGGCGACAGUGAUACGGGCAUCACUGUCACCGGCAGUACGCUCACCAUACGCCAGGUGGCGCUGCAUCAUAUGGCCAACUACAGCUGCAGUGCCGAAAACUUGGCCGGCAAACGUGUCUCCGACUCUGCCGUACUCAUUGUCUAUGUAAAUGGCGGCUGGAGUGCCUGGAGCCCUUGGCGCGAGUGCAAAUGUAGCGGUAAACCGAGCCAGGGACGCAAACGAACGCGCACCUGCACGAAUCCGAUGCCCUUGAAUGGCGGCGCACAGUGUGCGGGUCCGCAGAUCCAAAAGUCGGCUGACUGUGCCGCAUGUCCAGAGGACACUCAAAUUGUGAGCGCUGAUGGAUUUGACAUUUCGUCGAGUAAGCGCAUGGCACGCUGGUCGUCGUGGAGCGAGUGGAGCAUCUGUUCCGCGGAUUGCAUACAAGUGCGUCGCAGAAAAUGCCUGACGCAUGCCACAAUUGCCGAUGUGGCAGAUGAGGCCGGCGAGCUAAGCCCAGCAGCACUCAGCGGGAAGGAUGAUGGCGCCACUGGCGGCAGCCAGGGCGAGUCUGAUGGCUCAGGAUAUGGCAAAUCAUUGUGCCUCGGCAAGGAUAUACAAACGGCCGAAUGCCGUGGAGAGCAAUGCCAGAUUGGCAAGGAUGACUUCGAUUGGACAUUGUACUUGGGUCUGGCAUUCAUUACCGCCGUUUGCUUUGCCUUUGGCACGGCGCUCAUCUGCUGCGCCCGCCGUGGCAUACGUCACAAUCCCCACUACAACAUGGCUCGGUCAGUUAUGGAUGCGGAUUAUAUGCCCGGCGUUGUCGAUAAGAAGGAGAUGCGCAUGCACAUCGAGGCGGCCAAUUUGGGAUACGAUUAUGUCAAUCCCGGACAUCGUUAUUUGCCCGGCGACCACAUCGUUGGCAUGGGCUGUGCCGGAGUCACCGAACACCACUACGAUGUGCCCAACCUGGCAGCGAACUACACAAAUCCUAUAGAUGAUUUAAGCGCUGAUUAUCUAUCCGAGACAGGCGACUCCUCCACAGCGGAUACUUCUAAUUCCACCUUUGAUAUGAACGCCAAGCUCUCCAUACUGAACGCCUCGAAGAGCAGCAGCUACGAGCUCCUGGGCAGCAAUGGGGGACAGCUGCGUCUGUACGGCGGCGAGCUGUUGCUGUUUGUGCCGGAGCUGGCGAUUGGCAAGCACGUGAAGAAGCACGUCUCCCUGAUGCUGCUGAGUGACGAGUGCAGUCGCAUCGCCUGCGCCACCGACAGCUCCAUCGUGUGCAGCAGCGUGGUGCACUGUGCGCCGCGCAACUACGGCUUCGUGAAGCCCGUGAUACUGAAGAUACCGCACUGCCUGCUCAAUCCAGAGCAGUGGCACGUGCACAUCUAUCACGCGGAUAGCGAGCACGACGAUCUCAAUGUGAGCUGGCGACGCGCCGUCUCCGUGGGCGAGGAGACCAUCAAUACGCCCAUGUUUGUGCAGCUGGAGCCGAGCUCCGUUUACAUAAUGACCGAGCAACUGGGACACUUUGCCGUCGUGGCCGAGCCGCGUAUCCAGCAGCCCGCCAUCAAGAUGAAGCUGCUCGCAUUUAGCCAGCACACGCCGCCGAGCAGCGCCAACUGCAGCUUGCGCAUCUAUGUGGUCAAGGACUUCCCCAACAGCCGCGACAUCUGCGCCAAUGUCGAGUGCAAGCUGGGCGGCAGCUACCUGGGCGAGAGUCAGGUGUUCGCCUUCAACCUGAACAGCCAGAAUCUGAAUAUACGCGUGCGCAGCACUGAGCUGGAGGCGGCGCAGUACGAGCAUGCGAUACCCUACCAGCACAUACUGAGCAACAAUUCGAUACUGCACUGCGAGUUCAGUGUGCGGCGGCAGGAGCAGCACGCGCUCUGCGUGGACUUUGGCCAGGGGCACGAGCAGGCCGACUAUCACAGCUUCAGCAUGCCCGGACAGCAGCAGCUGUGCGGCUCGGCAGAGGAGCUGGCAUCGACAACGAAUACAACCAUCUCGAUCGAUCGCCAGGGCAACUAUGUGAACGAGAGCUGUGUGCUGGACUUUGUCCAGCUGCCGCAUGCCACAAAGCGGCUGAUAUGCGCCGCCCUCGACCCGCCGCGGGCCGACGAGCGCGACUGGCGUCUGUUGGCCAAGAAGCUGAGCACCGAUCGCUAUAUUGCGUACUUUGCCACCAAGCCAUCGCCCACGGAGCAGAUACUCAAUCUGUGGGAGUGUCGGGCGAACAGCAAGGGCGCCGGCGGCAUGGGCAGCUCGAGCAGUUGCUCGAACGGUAACAGUUCCACAGCCAUCACGCAUGCCAACAGCAUUAUGUCCUUGCUGCUGACGCUCAAGGAAAUGGGCCGCCAGGAUGUGCUCGAUAUAAUAGUCGAUACCAUAGGUCCACUCUGGAUCUAAGCAGAUGUUGUUGAAAACAAUAACGAAAUAACAUGUUCAUGAGUUGCCUUUUAUUUGAAAAAUGUUUAAAAGAAAAGUGAAACGAAAUGGAAACGAAACGAAAUCAAGUUAAGUGAAAAGAUGUGAAGGAAAAAACAAAAAAAAACAAAAGAAAACAAAUUGAAAAUCAAAGUUUUAGGCAUUUAGUCAUAUUAGUUUUAACUACUAUAUAUAUGCGAGGUUAGUUUGAGAAGUAUUUCGUUUUUAUUUAAAUUCACAUGUGUUUUUUUUUUUUUGUUAGCUUCUCAACUUUUCAAGCUAACCUCGUCUUGCUCAACGAACUCUGUUCCCCAAUGGGUGCCAUGCUCUUUUUUGAUACUACAUUGAAAAAUACAUUAAAUAUAGAACUAUAUAUAUAUAUAUAGAGAGAGAGAGAACUAGUUAUAAGUUUACGAUUUAUGUUAACUGUAGCAUAAAGUUAUACUGUGGCUUAGCAAACUUAUAGUUUUAAACAAUAGUUUAUAGCUAUUAA